AAGGUCUUGCGGGUGUGGAAUGAGGGUGAGGAAUUAAUGACAGAAAUUUCAUUUUGGGGUGAACUAACCCUUUAAUUUUAAAUAUUAUAAUGUUUAUGUGAAUGGCAUUAAUCUGGAAAUAAACCAAUCAGUCAAUCAUAGCAACUUAAGGGUGAAUAAAUGAACACAAUUUCAUGUUUGGCUCAAAUAUUUCUUUACAGUUGCAGUUGAUAGUUUAUUACUCUUUAAUUCUCGCUGCACAAAAUAUUUUAUUAAAAUUCAAUUAAUGCUUAUUCUAAACUUAAAAAUCAUGAGAGUACAAACAGUCUCUGGGUGGGUCUGCUGGGAAUGUUGAAAGAGGAAAUGAUUGUCAAAGAUCUACAAACAUAGUUACAUUUGUGUGAAAUGAGAAGUCUUGAAAAUAGUGUUAUAGACCAUGUUUCCUACAUGAUCCCCAUAUGCAAUAAACUAUUCAGGGCCCAGAAAUACCAGAGACGCCCAUGUCUUCCUGUAUUCAGAAAUAAAAGCAGUGGUGCUCAGUUCUGCAUCUGCACAUCUACACCCCUCACCUGCAUUAUUAGAUCAAGAAUCAAUCAUUUUCACAAAAAACUGCAAAAGCAUUGGUCAUCCAACUGCUGAAGAAUAUGGCUAACACGUGUGCUUUUGGCUUACACAUUUGGCUGUUAGUGGGUGUGUUUGGUCCUCAGAUAGGUGGAACGGAGACGGUAUCAGUGAUCGAGGGAGAUUCAGUCACUCUACACACUGGAUUUACUGAAAUACUGACGGAUGAUCACGUGCUGUGGAUUUGGCUCAACAGUUCAGUGUGUAUAGCCGAAAUUAUUAAGGAGGCCAUCUCUUUUCCUGAUGGCAUUUUUAGAGACAGACUCCAGUUGGACUACAAAACCGGAUCGCUCACCAUCACAAACAUCACAACUACACAGAAUGGAUUGUAUGAACUACUCAUCGUCCGUGCCGGCGCAGUUUCAAACAAGAUUUUUAUUGUGAACGUCUAUGGAAGGGAUUUGUCAGAUUUGAUGGUUCCUGUCAUUACCAGUGAACGUCCUUCAUCAUCAAGCUCAGAAUGUGUCCUGAUGUGUUCAGCGGUGAAUGUGAGUCAUGUGACUCUCUCCUGGUACAAAGGAAACAGUUUAUUGUCCAGCAUCAGCGUGUCUGAUCUCAACAACAGCAUCUCUCUACCUCUGGAGAUUGAAUGUCUGGAUGAUUCCUACAGCUGUGUGCUGAACAACCCCAUCAGAAACCAAACUAAACUUCUUAACAACACUGAACUCUGUCAACCAUGUCCAGGAAGGGAUUUGUCAGAUUUGAUGGUCCCUGUCAUUACCAGUGAACGUCCUUCAUCAUCAAGCUCAGGGUGUGUCCUGAUGUGUUCAGCGGUGAAUGUGAGUCAUGUGACUCUCUCCUGGUACAAAGGAAAUAGUUUAUUGUCCAGCAUCAGCGUGUCUGAUCUCAACAACAGCAUCUCUCUACCUCUGGAGAUUGAAUGUCUGGAUGAUUCCUACAGCUGUGUGCUGAACAACCCCAUCAGAAACCAAACUAAACUUCUUAACAACACUGAACUCUGUCAACCAUGUCCAGGAAGGGAUUUGUCAGAUUUGGUGGUUCCUGUCAUUACCAGUGAACGUCCUUCAUCAUCAAGCUCAGGGUGUGUCCUGAUGUGUUCAGCGGUGAAUGUGAGUCAUGUGACUCUCUCCUGGUACAAAGGAAACAGUUUAUUGUCCAGCAUCAGCGUGUCUGAUCUCAACAACAGCAUCUCUCUACCUCUGGAGAUUGAAUGUCUGGAUGAUUCCUACAGCUGUGUGCUGAACAACCCCAUCAGAAACCAAACUAAACUUCUUAACAACACUGAACUCUGUCAACCAUGUCCAGCUCCUCUGCCCAUUCCCGUUAUCACCAGUGACUCUUCAAACUGUUUAACAAAUUGUUCAUUGGUGUGUUCAGCGGUGAAUGUGAGUCAUGUGACUCUCUCCUGGUACAAAGGAAACAGUCUAUUGUCCAGCAUCAGUGUGUCUGAUCUCAGCAUCAGUCUCUCUCUACCUCUGGAGGUGGAAAAUGAGGAUGAAAACAUCUACAGCUGUGUGAUCAACAACGCCAUCAGAAACCAGACUCAACAUCUGGACAUCACCCACCUCUGUCACACAUGUGCAGGCGCAGGUUCCUCAGACUCUGUCCAGUGUUGUGAUUUCACUGAAGCUGUGAUUCGAUUGGUCAUCUCUGCUGUGGUGGUUGUGGCUACUGUUGCCAUAGUGGUUUAUGACAUCAGAUCAAGAAGAGAAGAGAAGCAGUGAAAACAGAUUUCAACAGCCAAGCUCGACUUUUGCAAUGCUAAUUAAACAAUAGCACACAAGCAAAACUGCUGCUGU